AUGCCCAUCUGUUCUCUCGCGUCUCAAGUUAAACAGCACUUUAGUCACUUAGCGCUUGCAGACCCAGGAUUCGACCCUUCCGAUCCCAUAGACUUACUUUUGGGUGCUGAUGCAUACUCCCAGGUCAUGGACGGUAAAAGAAUUGUCCUCAAUGAUUCGUUGCCUGCUGCUUUCGGGUCCUUGUUUGGUUGGAUUAUUAUCGGGCCUGUUCAGCGCUCUGUGUCUCAAUCGUUCCAAUCUAAUGUUGUGUCACUUACCAUCUCUUUAGAGACCAUCAUCCAACGGUUUUGGCAAGUGGAAGAGCCGGACGAAGUUCCAGACACAUUCACCAAGGACGGUCAAUGUGAAAGUAUUUACAUUUCGGAACGGACACGUGAUUCUACGGGACGAUUUGUAGUUCCGCUACCCUUUUUAAAUGAACACCGCUCCGAGACGUUUCCCGGUUCCAGACAAAUAGCUUUGCGCCGAUUUCAGAAUUUGGAGAAGAAGCUCCAAGACAAUGAAACAUUAGGCCAAGCAUACAGACAGUUUAUGCAUGAGUAUGAAUCGUUGGGACAUAUGUCCGUUGCCCCUUGUCCAGGUUCAUACUUCAUACCACAUCAUCCGGUGUUUAAGGGCUCGCUAACUUCGAGCAAGAUACGAGUUGUUUUCGAUGCAUCUGCAACGGCAUCGAACAAGCUUUCGUUAAACCAAUGUCUGCAUACCGGCCCAAAGAUAUCAUCGAUAUUCUUCUACGGUUCCGGGUACACAAGUACACUUUCACUGCUGAUGUGUGUAAAAUGUACCGCCAGAUUGUGGUACAUCAACAAUACCGGUCAUUUCAACACAUACUUUGGCGGGCGUCAACAACGGAUGAACUGA